AUGUCAACAGAGACACCAGUUACACCAGCAGUUGAUACUGCUUUGUUAAAUAAAGUAGCCAAACAAAUCGAAUACUACUUUAGUGAUUCAAACUACCCAACCGAUAAAUUCUUAAAGGAAGCUGCCGCUAAAAACCCAGAAGGAUAUGUUGGAAUUGAAGUACUUGCAACUUUCAACAAGAUUAAAUCAAUGACUACCGAUUUACAAUUGAUUAGCGAUGCUUUGAAGGAUUCCGACAGUUUACAGCUCAGUGAGGAUGGAAAGAUGGUCAAAAGACUUAACCCAUUGCCGGACAAUGAGGAACUCGCAAAGAAGACUUUGUACUCAAAGGGAUGGCCAAAGGACACCACCACAAUGGAGACUAUCCAAGAUUUCUUUGGAAGCUACGGAAAGGUACUCUCUGUACGUAUGAGAAAGAACAACAAGGACAAAUCAUUCAAGGGUUCAGCUUUGGUCGAUUUGGAAUCAGAGGAGAUCGUCAACAAGAUAAUCGCCGACGCACCCAAGUUUGGUGAGGUCGAGUUGAUCUAUCAAACCUUCCUUCAAUUCGACAAGGAAAAGAAGGAUCAAGAAGCACAUUACCUUUCACUCAAAAAGACAAACAAGAACAAGCGUAAGAGCGAGAGCAGCGGUGACAAGACAGAUGCCCAAGAAGGAGACGAAGAGGAGACCACCGAAACCAAGAAAGAAGAGGUAGCAGUAGAGUUGACUCCAGGUACUAUUUUGUCAAUCAAAUCGAUUGGUACUGGUUUGAUGCGUGAAGAUCUCAAAGCCACAUUCUCACAGUACGGUGAGGUCGAAUACGUAGAUUUCAAUAACUCGAACGAUUUCGGUAGCAUCAGAUACAAGACUGCCGAGUCUGCCAAGCGUGCACUCGAAGCAAUGACCACAGAGAAGAAGGAACUCGGAGGAAAGCUCCCAGAGUUGUCUAUUCUCGAAGGUGAAGAGGAACAAAAGGAGUUUGAAAAGAUCAAGGAAAAGAAGCAAGCAAAGAGUGCCAGAGGUGGAAGAGGUGGAAGAGGUGGUAGAGGCAGAGGUGGAAGAGGUGGAAGAGGUAGAGGAGGUUUCAAGUCAAACAAGAAACAAAAGAAUUAA